UAAUGAUAGUUUUUUGAACAAUGGCGGAGCAGGGAGACCCGUUUGACCUCUCUGACACAGAUAGUGAAGCUGAGGAGGUAGAAGAAGUCGACAAGAAGACGUCAGUAUGUAAACGACAGAUUGUGGCCGCCAUCGAUUUUGGCACAGCUUACUCAGGCUACGCAUAUUCGUUCAAGCAUGAUUGGACUAAAAUUAUUACACAACACUGGCAUGGUGGGGAGUAUUUAACACACAAGGCACCAACUUCACUUCUUCUGAAGCCCGACGGUUCAUUCUUUAAGUUUGGGUUUGAAGCAGAAAAUGAAUAUGCUAGACUGUCUGAAGAUGAUAACCAUAAGGACCAUUAUUUCUUCCGUAGAUUUAAGCUGAUUUUAAAGUCAAAGUUAACAGAGUUUGUGUUGAGACAAAUUUUGUGUCUGCAGAUUUUCACUUAUUGCAUCCAGUAUCUGAAAGACCACAUGCUGGAAAAUAUAAACAAAAAAAUCACUGGCCAAAUUAAAGUGAGUGACAUUGAUUUUGUCAUCACCGUGCCAGCAAUAUGGGACGACACAGCCAAGAUGUUUAUGAUAGCCGCUGCCCAAACGACAGGUAUAGAAAAGGAACAGCUGAAAAUUGCCCUGGAGUCAGAGGCUGCCUCCAUUUAUUGUCAGUACAUGCACCUGGAAGGGGACAAAGCUCCAGAGAAGGCUGGGUUUAAGGAUAAACUGACAGCGGGCUUUAAGUACAUGCUGAUAGAUCUUGGAGGUGGCACUGCCGAUAUCUCUGUUCAUGAGAGAGCACCAGACGGAGGAUUGAAGCAGGUCAUUGUGCCGAGUGGAAUAAGCUGGGGUGGAACCAAGGUGGAUGACGCAUACCUUCAAUUCUUCUGUGAUCUCUUUGGAAAAGAAAGCAUGGACACAUUCAAAGAAGAAUGCAUGGAGGAUUACUUAGAUUUAUUCAGAAAAUUUGAAGUUCAGAAAAGAUCUGGACCUACGGCAACAUCUGACAGUAUUUACAUCAGAAUUCCACUUUCACUCUCUGAAAUUCUUGAUGAGAAAGAUGGAAUGGCCAAAGCUAUUGAAUCAUCAAAAUACAAAGACAUUAUUUCUUUUGACAAGAAAACUUUGAAAUGCAAGGUUCCAUAUUCAGAGUUUGAAAAUCUGUUCAAGGAAACCUGUGAUAAUAUUAAAAGUCAUCUUGAUGGAUUGUUGAAAAAACCUGAGUUGGCUGACGUUGAAACAGUUCUGUUGGUUGGUGGCUUCUCCGAAUGCUACAUCAUUCAGGAAAUGAUCAAGAAAGAGAUGAAAGACAAACAUCUAAUUUUACCAGAAGAGCCCAGUCUAGCAGUACUGAAAGGUGCUGUUUACAUGGGUCAUGUACCAGAUGCAGUAACCACUCAUAUUUCAAAUUAUUCCUAUGGGGUCCAAAACUGGCCAGACUUUGAUCCUUCAAAGCAUCCAGAGGAGAAAAAAAUAAGAGUUGGAAACCAAGACAGAUGUCGUGAUGUUUUCAUGAAGUUCGUCACAAGAGGAGACAAAAUCAAACCAGGGCAUCGCAAAUGUUACAUCUUAGAGGUCAUCAAGCCUGACGAGGAUAUCCUUCAAUGCAGCAUUUAUCUGUCACAUAAACCAGAUCCGAAAUUCAUUGAUGAAAAAGGGGUGUCUCAGGUUGGAUCCCUGCAGAUUAAACUACCCAAAGUGGACAAAGGCACCUCCAUCGAUAUUGAGGAGGAAAUCUUCAUAAAAGACACAGAAGUGGAAGUGAUUGCUACUGAACUGCAUGAAUUUAAGGAAUUCAAAGCAACUUUUGACCUUCUUUCUCCAGAUAUAUUGAAAGAAGAGUAAAUAUCAAAGUCAUGUGAUGUAAAAAAAAAAAUGUGAAAAAAUGUAACUUGUAAUAUCUUGCAAUGAAUUCAGAACAGUUUUUCAUACAUAGAAAGUGUAAAAUUAACUAAGUAUUAAAAAUUGCUUUUUUUUUG